AUGUGGUGGUGCGUGGGUCUGCACUUCCACCAACCGCGAAGCCCCUGUAACAUUGCGCAACCUACAACCAACCUUCUGCAAUCCGGUCCUUCGGUCAAGCCCCCAGCUACAUCCGUCUUAUCUUGGUCGAGGCUGCCCCGCAACAAUGGUCCGGCUGCUGAGAAGAUGAAAUCCCCGACAGCAUCAUUCCGGUCGCAGCCUGGGCGGCGGCCGUCCAUCAGCUCCCGGCUAUCCUUUGCGGUGUCGCAUGCCGAGUCUGGAGAGGCCAUCGGCGCCACCGUGCCCGCGCAGGUGCAAAUCGCCGAAGAAAUCGCCGAGAUUAAGCGAUACGAAGACUUUACCACCAUAGACUGGGUGCAGGACGCCGCCCGCGAACAAGCGAGACGAAAAGCGAAACAACGCCGCGCCGCUGGCCUGUACGCCCAGGGGCAGACGACCUGGCGCCAUCGAUUGUCACAGACAUAUGAUGCUGCGCAAGGAUGGAUCGUCGUCACCAUCAUUGGGGCGGCCAUUGGCCUGAAUGCAGCAUUCUUAAACAUCAUCACUGAAUGGCUGGCUGAUAUCAAGCUGGGCCACUGCACAACCGCAUUUUACCUCAACGAAAACUUUUGCUGCUGGGGCGAAGACAAUGGUUGCGAUCGAUGGCACAAAUGGACCGGCUUUGGCCCAAUUAAUUACUUUGUCUACAUGGCCUUCGGGACCAUAUUUGCUUUUAUAUCUGCCACCUUGGUCCGAUCAUUUGCGCCCUAUGCGGCUGGCUCAGGCAUUUCGGAAAUCAAGUGCAUCAUCGCAGGCUUUGUCAUGAAGGGCUUCCUCGGAUUCUGGACCCUCAUCAUUAAAUCUAUUGCCCUGCCGCUAGCCAUUGCCUCUGGACUCUCCGUUGGAAAAGAAGGCCCCAGUGUGCACUAUGCCGUCUGCACCGGCAAUGUUAUUUCACGACUGUUUACAAAGUACAAGAACAAUGCCUCCAAAACGCGAGAGAUUCUCAGCGCCUGUGCUGCUGCAGGCGUGGCCGUUGCCUUUGGCAGUCCUAUCGGAGGCGUGCUGUUCUCUCUCGAGGAAAUGUCCAGCUACUUUCCCCUCAAGACCAUGUGGCGCAGCUACUUUUGCGCCCUGGUUGCUACUGCUGUUCUCUCAGCAAUGAACCCAUUCCGAACGGGACAACUUGUCAUGUUCCAGGUCAAAUAUGACCGCGACUGGCAUUUUUUUGAAAUUUUGUUCUACAUCAUUAUUGGUAUAUUUGGUGGCCUGUAUGGUGCCUUCGUGAUCAAGUGGAACCUGCGAGCACAAGCGUUUCGGAAGAAGUAUCUCAGCAACUAUGCGAUCCUGGAAGCUACUUUGCUUGCCGCUGGAACUGCUCUGCUUGCGUACCCAAACGUCUUUUUGCGUAUUGACAUGACUGAGAGCAUGGAAAUCCUCUUCCUCGAAUGCGAAGGCGGCGAGGACUACCAGGGCCUCUGUGAUGCGGACAAGCGCUUUUGGAAUAUCAUGUCGCUCAUCACUGCUACCGUCUUGCGAAUGUUUCUGGUCAUUAUCUCAUACGGCUGCAAAGUGCCCGCUGGUAUCUUUGUCCCCUCCAUGGCUAUCGGCGCAUCUUUCGGACGAACAGUCGGCAUCAUUGUUCAGGCAAUUUACGAAGCAAACCCAACCAGCGUUUUCUUCUCGGCUUGCAAGCCCGACGAACCCUGCAUCACACCAGGUACCUACGCGUUUUUGGGCGCAGCUGCUGCCCUGAGUGGCAUUAUGCACAUCACUGUCACCGUGGUGGUGAUUAUGUUUGAGCUUACGGGCGCUCUGACCUACAUCUUGCCAACUAUGAUUGUGGUCGGCGUCACAAAGGCCGUGAGCGAGCUCUUUGGAAAGGGCGGUAUUGCCGAUCGCAUGAUUUGGUUCAAUGGAUUCCCAUUCCUGGAUAGCAAAGAGGAUCACAACUUUGGCGUGCCAGUUUCGCAGGUCAUGCGCUCCUCGGUGGUCUCGCUUCCUGCAAGCGGUCUAGCACUAAGUGAGGUGGAAGAACUUUUGGUCGACGAUAAAUACCAGGGUUUCCCGAUUAUUACGGAUAGCAACACCAAGAUUUUGGUCGGUUACAUCGGCCGCACGGAGCUGAGAUACGCGAUCGAUCGCAUCCGACGUGAACGGCCUAUGAGUCCGUCUGCGCGAUGCCUUUUUACGCCACCACCCCCAGCCAACUCGGCAACCUCAGUUUCUACAACUGUCACUAUGAAUAUGGAUUCCAUGUCCUCCACGUCUAUAGACUUUGGUCGUUACGUUGAUGCCACACCAGUCACUGCGCAUCCACGGCUCCCCCUCGAAACAGUCAUGGAGCUGUUUCGCAAGAUUGGGCCCCGUGUUAUCUUGAUCGAAUACCAUGGCAAGCUGGCUGGGCUUGUCACCGUCAAGGACUGCCUCAAGUACCAAUUCAAGGUGGAAGCCGAGGAGAACCCAAAGGAUGACCAGCACAUUAUAGAGGGACAGGAGCAGUUAUGGGGCGUUAUUCGUCGCGCCAGCACUUGGAUAUCCGAUCGUAUACUGAGCGCUUCCAGAGGCAGGAUUCGUCUAAGCGGGCAGUUCGACGAAGAAAGGCCAAGAAACCGAGGUGGCGCGAUCCUGGAUGGUGACGAAGACGUUGGCGAUGAGGGGGUGGAAAUGGAAAGACGCCAAUCCUAA